AUGGUUUACCGUUUGUUCAAAAUCCCUACAAAGGCAAAUCGACCCUUUGGACUUCACAAUUGGUACGACCAGUGCUGUCCAUUUCACAAACUGGACUGGUUUGAUGAUUCCUUCGCUUUACAGCCUCUUUAUUUCUGCCUCUACUUUGGCAAAUAUGUCAACAUCACUACAUUAGACAUCAACUUUAGUACUGGCUAAUACAACUCCCCUCAACCUCUAUUUAACAUUAGCUUUGAAGGGAUUGUAGAAGUAGUCAUUCUGGAUUCAAGUUAGUAUGGUGUUGGUCAACUUGUGGCCUAUAUGGAAAAGGAGGUGCUUUUGGUGAAUACAAAGAAAGCAAUCCUGGUGCAAUCUGUCAAGCCGCAGUUCCUUACACUGCUCAUCAGUGGUGCUACGGCCUGCAAUAGUCUCCAGGACUGUGAGAAUUCUCUGAGGGCCAGAAAAGGUUUUGGUAAUGGCAGCCAAGUAGACAAGGUUCAUGAAUCAGUCGGCAUCUUCAAACUGACUAUGAACCAACUGGCAGUCAAAGGAUGUCUUCUCAUCAUUGGAUUAGUUUUGUCUAAUCAGAGCUCCCUUAAAUCAGCAAGUCCAAGUGUAGGCAAACAGCCACUCCAGACAUCCACUGGUGUCUGUGGCCUCUCUCCAGCCUAUCAUUGUUCACACCAUCAAGCUUGUUUGAGGCUUUUGUUGGGCUUAUAUGAAAAAGGUGAACUAGUGUGUCAGAUCGAUCCAGGAGAUCAGACUCCCAAGGGUAGAUUUUUAGGCUUAGAAUCCAUUUACAGAACUGCUGACUACCUUUAGAACAUUGGAAAGAUUGUGACUGAGCUAUCUCACUGAGUGAGCGCAAAGCUGUAA